AUGGUGCGUUUUUGUUUCCAGAAGAAUUUCACGUGCGACGACGGCGUACCGGGCUCUUAUAGGCUGUCCGUUAUAUCAAGGAAUGAAAAACAGAUGGAGGACAGAACAGUGUCGGCGACAAAUACAGAUCAACAGGAGCGUCCCCAAUGGGGCAGCAAGACGGAGUUUCUGAUGUCCUGCGUGGCGUUCUCGGUCGGAUUGGGGAACGUUUGGAGGUUUCCAAGCACGGCGUACGAAAACGGAGGCGGUGCGUUCCUCAUCCCUUACAUUAUCGUGCUCUUUAUCAUCGGCAAGCCUGUUUAUUAUAUGGAGAUGAUCCUUGGACAAUUCAGCAGCAGGUCUUGCGUGGAGGUUUGGUCUGUGUCGCCUGGUUUUAAAGGAAUCGGUUACGGUACAGCUGUGUCGGUUUUUGCGGUGGUCACUUACUAUUGCUCGUUAAUGGCGUUGACGUUGUACUACCUGUUGGCCAGCUUCCAAUCAGUUCUACCGUGGGCAUUUUGCUGGGAGGAAUGGGGCGACGUUUGUUUCGACAGCACGUCGGCCAGCAACGAGACGCUGAACAUCAAUAAAAGUAGUUCCGCUGAUUUGUAUUUCCGGAAAGUAGUUCUGAACGAAGUUGGGAUUCAGGAAGGCCUCGGUGAACCAUCUUGGAAGUUGGUUCUCGCACUUUUAUUCAGCUGGGCCUGCGUUUUCGUAGUGCUUCGGAAUGGCGUGAAAAGCAGCGGCAAAGCUGCGUAUUUUCUUGCUUUGUUCCCGUACGUGAUCAUGAUCACGCUUUUGGUCAGAGCGGUCACGCUGGACGGGGCUAUGAACGGUAUAAUAUUCUUAUUCAUGCCCGCCUGGGAGAAAAUCAUGGAUCCUCGGGUUUGGUACGCCGCUGUCACGCAAUCGUUCUUCUCCCUUGGCGUUUGCUUCGGCGCUGUCACCAUGUACUCGUCUUACAAUCGUUUCGAUCACAAUGUACUGAGAGAUUGCACGCUGGUGACAACCAUGGAUCUAUGCACGAGUCUCAUAGCAGGAACAACGAUCUUCGGUAUACUUGGCAAUCUUGCCCACGAAUCGGGCAAAGGGGAUAUAAGCACCGUGGUACGGGCUGGUACCGGACUUGCUUUCAUUUCCUAUCCGGAAGCGCUCGCGAAAUUCACCGUCGUACCGCAAUUGUUCGCCGUACUUUUCUUCCUGAUGUUGUUCGUAUUGGGUAUCGGGACCACGGUCGCUUUUACCAGUGUGAUCAGCAGCAUCGUCAAGGAUAAAUUCCCUCGAAUACAAUACUGGAAGGUUGCCGCUGGUGUCACGAGCACUGGCUUUUUGAUCGGAAUUGUUUAUUGCACGAGGGGAGGACAAUACAUCUUGAAUCUGGUGGACUAUUUCGGUGGAACCUUUAUCGUCGUGUUUCUCGCCUCCUUCGAACUGAUUGCGAUUUCUUGGGUGUACGGACUCGAUAACUUUUUGGACGACGUGGAAUUUAUGACUGGACAUCGACCGUCCUUUUAUUGGAGACUCUGCUGGGGUUUCGCCACACCUUUAGCGCUUUUCACGAUUUUAGUUUACUUUCUGUCCGAGUUGACGCCCCUUGUGUACAACGACGAAUAUUAUCCGACAUCGGCUUACGCGGCUGGAUGGAUACUCCUGGUAUUAGGAGUGAUCCAGCUACCCGUAUGGAUGAUCAUUAACAAGCUUCAGAACAAGGGCAAAACCGCUUCGGACAUCCUUCAACCGAACUCCGAUUGGGGUCCCAAGGAUCCGAUAAAAUACAAAGAAUGGAGAGAGUUCAAGGACGCAAAGAGAAUAUUACGGAUGAAUUUAAGCAAGAAAAGAUCGAGAAUUGUGAGGACAUUGAUCGGUGAUUAA